AUGGCACCAAAACUCUGGACUUCCCUUGUCGUGCUUAAUGCGCUGAACGGCGCAUCUGCUUUCUGGCGCAUGGAGUGCCGUGGGCGCGUUGCACUGGCAAGAAUAGAUCCCAUCAUGUCAUUAGGCUCAACAGCGGAGCAUGCUCACACUAUCCAUGGUUCGAGUGCAUUCUCUGAAUCUGCCGAUACCGAUGAGCUCUUAGCUGGCAACUGCACAUCCUGUGCUGUCACCCAGGAUCUCUCAGCCUACUGGACUCCCGCGUUGUACUUCGAGUUUUCGAAUGGUACUUUCGAGCUUGUUCAACAAGACGGCGGCAUGCUUGCGUACUAUCUGUUGCGCGACCCCAAUGACAAUGUGAAGGCUUUCCCUGAGGGUUUCAGAAUGAUCGCAGGUGACAAUCUACGACGUAACUACACUGUGGGCGAUGUUUCCCAACCCGACCCACCUCAGUCAAACUGGGCUGCUCUUGGCCAAACAGGCCAGUCUGACCUAGAGCAACGUGCACUGGGUUUCAACUGCCUCGACUAUUCAAAGACCGCUGAAGCCGCUCUCUACCGCCACUUCAUGCCAGAGAAGUCAUACCUGGAUGCCAACUGCCCUGAUGGGCUUCGCUUCGAGCUGGCCUUCCCGUCUUGCUGGAAUGGCAAGGACCUCGACUCCGAUAACCACAAGAGCCACAUGGCUUAUCCCGACUUGGUUCAGGAUGGCAACUGCCCUGACGGCUUUGAGACUCGUCUUGUGACUCUGUUCUACGAGACUAUCUGGGCAACCUACAAGUACGACGGUAUUGAUGGUCAAUUCGUUAUCGCUAACGGAGAUCCUACUGGCUUCGGUUACCAUGGUGAUUUCAUGAUGGGCUGGGAAGAAGACUUCUUGCAAUCGGCCGUUGAUCAAUGCACAAACUUGUCCGGCUUAAUCGAGGAUUGUGAGCUCUUUACCAUUCAGAGCGAAGAGGACCAGACUCAGUGUCACAUCGAAACAAUGCCCUCUAUCCUUAAGGUCGAGAACGUUCUUGGUGGCGCUGCUGACGUGUUGACAUCACUUCCUGGCAACCUCGCUAUCCAAUACGGCCCAGAGCGGGCUACUAUUGGCUCGGGUAGUGGUGCUUCCUCCAGUGCUUCACUGACCACCACUUACAGCGCACCAGCCCUCACUUACGCGCCCGCGAGCUCUUCCACCCUAGGUGCCCUUUUCUACGAGGCGUCUUCUGCAUCUUCUGCUUCUGCGGCUUCCUCAGCCGGCAAGGCUACCAUCCAGGAUAUCCCCAAGGCGUCAACAUCCUCAGCUACUGCUCCUGCUACCACCUCUGCUCCUACGAGUGCCUCGGGUGUGCAGUACGAGACAGUCAGCACAGGCUACUUCACUAACGGUCGCGUUGUUUCGGAAAUUGUCUACGAGGAGGCUGUUGUUUACGUUACCGAAGACGUUGUCACCACUGUGACGAUUAACCCAACUGCCACCGCCAAGGCAGAAAGCAAGCGAUCACAGCGUGACCACCUCCUGCGACACCGCCAUGUGCACGCUGGCCACCACUAG